AUGGCUUCUCUUAUGUUCUCUUUGCAGUAUGCAGAAUGUAGCUCGGAGAAACAGCACUUAGAUCGACUCGUCGCCUCUCUGGAAGAGCAGCUGGCAGAGAAAGAACAGGCCCUGAGACGCCUCAAGGAAGCCGGAGAUGAGGCCAGAGCGGAGAAAGAAAGGAAAACAUCUUUGCUGGAAACGAAGCUGGCAGAAACGGAAGCUGUACAGGAGCUCCUGAGGCCUGGGUCCAAUACAGCUCUGGAGACCCUAGAAGCACAGGAGAACGUGCUGGGUGAAGACAGCGGAUCCCAGGGGACGUGCCACCGCUGUAGAGCAGCUCUGGCCCGGCUGAAUCAAGCGAUUCGAAGUGCAGAAAAACGAGAGAAGGAAGAUCGGACCUUGGCGUGCUUGUAUCAGCUGCGGGAGCUUUUGAAAGGGAGUCUAGCGGACUGGGCUCCAGUUCCCAAGUUGGUCCAGAGUCCAAGCCCAGAUCCUGUUGCAAAAGUCACCCAGAGCCCCCAGGAGGAAAAGGAGAUUCUGAGACAUCGACACCAGCUGGUGACGGAGCAGCUGAAAGGGCUUUUCAGGCAGAGGCAGCUGCUGGAGCAGUCCAAGAAGCAGCCUGGAGGAGGCAAGGAAGAGAGGUUGUGGGAGCCUCAGAAAUCUCAAGGGGUCCUGGGUGCACCGGAGUCUACCAGGCCUCCGGCAGAGCAGCCUGCAGCCUCAGAUGUUCCCAGCAACAGCACAGAAGUGCCACGCCUGCAGCAACUGCUGAAAGAGAAAACGGAAACGAUCUCCUGCAUGGCCUCCGAGAUUCAAACUCUGCAGCAGAAGAACGAGUCGCUAAUGAAAGCCAAGCUGAGGUUCCAGCAGCAAAUCCAGCUGAUCCGCAACCUUCCGAAGCAACGCCCGGAAAGGAGCACUCUCGAACUCCUGGUGCCUCGACUCUCCGUCACCCCGGGGCAGGAUUCGCACAGCGCUCAGGGCAGCGACAGCUCCGUGCCUUCCCCACAAAGCGACGAGCCGCCCUUCACAGGCAGCAGAGAGGACCUGAGCCAGGCCCAGUGUGGGGCUCAGCCUCACGCCGGCUCUGAAGACCAGCCGAGGGGCAGUUCCCCCAACGAGGGCACCGACCAGAUGCCUCGGACCCCCUCGGGCUCCCCGAUUCCUUCCGGGUCUUCCGGCAAGCCCUUCUCCCUGGAGCUCAUCCCUCCUCUGCAGGCUGACAGCGAAGGGGCUUUAGCCAGUCCUAGGGGCUCAGCUCUUUUGUCCCCCAGGCCUUUUGGGCCCCCGAGGCCUUGGUCCCCCUUUAAAUUUAGAGGGAACCCUGAACUUCCAGAGAGCCGAGAGAAGCACUGAACGGAAUCGC